CUUCGUUAGCGUUAGACACGCGUUGUGUAAAGGCGGCUGAUAACGUGAAAUCGACUCUAACAGUAAUCAGUGUUGUGCGCUUACGACUUAGUAAAUACAUAUUAUACAUAUGUAUGUAAUUCGUGUGUGCCAAGUAAUAGUUUAAAAAAUUGUUGGAAAGUGUUCAAUGCUUACUGCAGCAAGCAGAGGCAUAAUAGAUUUUUUUUUAUAAUUGACUUAAUUCCUUUAAUUAAAGCGCUUUGGUGACAAGAAUUAAAACUCACUGAAAAGCAGUAACCAUGCAAAAAUAUGCAUAUCUAAAUUGAAAACGUGUGCGGAGAAUUGUGUACAGAAGUAAAGCGCCACAUCGUCACAUCGCAACUCUGUGCAGCCACUGGCGAUUGUUCUGCGAUAAAUGCAAUUAACAACAAUUUCAUUUACAACAAUUUAAUUUUGUGGUUGUUGGUGUAGCGCCACAAUAAUCAAUUUUUUACAAUCGUAUUAAUUGGUUCUGAUUUAAUUUUCACGCGCACAUUGAUUAGUCGCCAUGGAUAAGUAGAUGAUCCUUGCUUACAUACAAACAAUUGGUAUUAAUGUAUGUGCGAACAUAAUAAGCAAAAGCUUGACAACACACAACUCAUAAGUGGUAAAACUUAAUAUUUUUAAGUUUUAUUUAAAUCGUCAAGACUAUAGAAGAGAAUAUUGCCCAAACAAAAAUUUAAAAUCAAAAAUUUAAAAUCUAACCUCACAUUGGCACUCCACCUCACGUCACUGAUGUUAGAUACAAACUUUUGCGUUAGCAGCGAAGCAGUGAGUGAUUUUCAAGUAAGCAUGGAGCACACCACCUUCGAUGAUCAAAUUUUUAACGAUUUCUCCGGUCCACUUAGUCCUUUGGGUGCCAAGCCUUUAACCCCAGCUGGCGUGGGCGUUGGCGCUGCUGGUACACAUGGUCUACAUCCAGUCAUGAUUGGUCUACCAGCCAAUUCGGUAUUGCAACACAACAGCAAUGGUGAAAUGUGUAACCAACGUUUGCCAAAUUGCAAUACAUUGCUGCCGGGUGGCUCACCAAAAUUGGAUCCUUACAAAACAACCGACUAUGGCCAGAAAUUGGAAUAUAGCGCUGUCAAUAAAAUGGGCUGCUACUCACCUACACAAAAAUACGAAUACAUCACCACUAUUACGUCCAAUUCCAACAAUCAGCAUAAACUCGAACAUCACUCUGCACAUGCCCAACAAUAUUCGGCCACGCCACCGCCCCCACCAAGUACUGCUGGUAUGGGCAGUCCCAACGGCUUGAUGCAUCAUCACAAGCAACUACACAAUCAACACCAGCCGCAAUUGCUGGGAGACUAUCACGCACACAUUCCGUCUAAUAACAACAACGGUAAAAUCGAUUAUUCAGCAAAUUCAGCAGCGGCAGCUGCUAAAAUGGAAUAUGAGCAACAUAUACAACAAUUAUACGGCUCUAGUCCACAUCAUACGCCACACCCGCACGAUGGCAAUGCUGGCACGGUAACUCUAAAUGGCAAUGAGUCUGCACAACAGGCAAAUAGUCUAAUCUCUGGCAAUAUGUCGCACAAUGGCGGCACCGAUGGUGUCUUAAUUAACACCAACAAUGGCGCAACAAGUGUAGUGGGCGUUACCAUUACAGGCGCAACAUUAGCACAAGCGAAUGGUUCAACAAACAAUCAAUCGUCAUCGGGCAGCAACAACAAGCACAAAAAAUCGGAUGAAAUGUGUCAAAUGACUGCUAUAAAUACCAACAAUGGCGAUGUGAACUCAAGCGGCGGUGGCGGCUGUGGAGCUAAUGCUAAUGGCAACACGAACGGUCCCCAACCGUCGACGCCGUCAUCCAAAGCCAAGAAUGAUAAAAAGAAAGGCGAUCCUAAUGGCAUAAAGAAAAAGAAAACGCGCACAACUUUUACGGCCUACCAGCUAGAAGAACUGGAGCGCGCAUUCGAGAGAGCACCUUAUCCAGACGUUUUCGCACGUGAAGAGCUUGCCAUUAAAUUAAAUCUUAGCGAAUCGCGCGUACAAGUUUGGUUUCAGAAUCGUCGCGCUAAAUGGCGCAGACAUGAUCCACCGCGUAAAACCGGUUAUAUUAAGACAAGCACACCACCCACCUCAUCUAUGAACACUACACUCGGACCGCCAUUCGCCACUUUUCCACAAACGACUACCGUAACGCCACCGGGUAGCAUGGACAGUUGGACAAGCUAUCAGCCGCCCUACGAAUUGAGUCCACAAUUCAGUUUGCUCUCACCAGCCGCCAGUCCAUAUGGUACCUACUCCAGUCAAUAUGGCACAUAUGUGCACGAAAGCCAACUGUUCCCAAUGCGUCACUUUGAGUAUGGCAGUCCGCCGCGACUGGAAAUGGGCGGUCCGAGCAGUAGUGCAGAUGACGGCAGUGCGCCGCACAAAAUACAUAUGACCGAUAGUGGUUAUGGACCGUCUACGAUCGACGAGGCUGCAGCCGCUUCAGCACAUAUGACUGAUCACAAUGUCGUUGUGAUGCAUCAUCAAGUCACAAGCAAUGGCAACAAAUAUUUAACUAACGAAGAGGCGAAAUAUGUAAGUGUAGGCGGUGUGUCGCAUGCCCUAAGUCCAUUGGAUGCACAUCAUGCAAAUGGUGGCUGUCAUGUAACUGAUACGCAAACACAUCCACAUGAUGGUAAUCUACAUAUGAAACAACAACACUAUGGUAGUAUUGUUGCGGGUUCGGUGGGUUCACAAGGUGUGGAAGAUGGUGCGUGUAAUGAUGGUACUACGUCUAGCCUACAAACUGUGAUUAAGAAUGAGGAUAACGUUAGUGCUGGACCAGGCCAAGGUGGCUCCAAUGUGACACAUAGUUAUGUUUUGCCGCCUUUUUUGCACUAAAGGAAAUGCUCUCACAUCGGAAACGGCACCACCAUCAGCACCAUCAUCAACAGCAGCAACAACAAUUCCAGACACACUGGUCUAUGUCGAGAACUGCGUCCAAUUUGCGAAGACGUCACAUACAGAAAAACACGACUAGCACCUAUGUUGCGAGGAAUUGCUUUCAGCGGCCAAUUUAAUAGGAAUUGAGACAAAUGAAAAUAAGAAAAACGUUAGCAGAACUGGCGUGACGAGCAUUUCAAACAUUAGAUAUUAUUAUUGUAUUAUAUGUAAAUUCAAUAAUUUUGGUUCCUUUUUAUUUUUAAGUACAUACAAGUAUGCAUACACACGUGGAGGGGCUUAAGUUGUAGAUACAAAUGUAACUUUGCUUCUUUUUUAGAAAAGAUAAUUAGAAUAUACAAAUCUACAUACCAGUGCAGGAAUGUCAAGAUGUAAAAUAAUAAUAAUAUGGCUGUACAUAUGUACAUAUUUAAAUUCGGUAAAUGUAAUGAAAAGACAUACGUCGAAAGCAACAGAAUCCAAAGUCUUGCCAUGUUCAUUUAGAGUUAAAGUGGUCCAUGGAAUUUACUUCUAGGAUUGAGGAAAAUAUACUCGUAUUUUUCAUUUUUUACUACAAGCGUUUAUUGAGUGUUGGAUCUGAAAUUAUUAUUUUUCUUAAGCAAUUCAUACACAUUAAAAUAAGAAUACGUAUUAAUUUCUUUUUAAAAUAUUUAUAAUAUUUCAUAGUAAUUUUACGCUUCAAAACGAUUAACUCAUUUCCAAGUGAAAAAUACGGGUAUUUUUCAUAGUUCAUAGCUAAUAAUAUCGCAUUAUAUAGUUAAUUAAUUUUAUAUUAUUUUAAUUACAAACAAAAAUGUAUUAGAAUUAAAUGAAAUCAAACAUCAACAAUUAGAGAUAAUUGCAAAUUAUUCGGUUUAUUAGAAUUAGGUUCACAUUUUUCUAAAAUGUAAAAAAAAAAAAAUUAGUGCAUUCCGCAUGUGCCUUGGUAUAUAAUUAAGAAACUCUUAAGAUUCGUAAUUAAAUUUUAAUUUAAAUGAAAUACUUUAAUAUUUGUAUAUAUGUAUAUAUGUAAAACGCGAUGCAUUCAAAUCGUGCCUUAUUGGAUUAUAUUGUAAUUUAAACGCAUAAUUUUUCAAAUACACAAUUAUGUUUGUUUAAGUAAUGAAGCUCAUUAAAAAGGAAACUUUUUAUGAGAACCUGUUGUGAAAUUGACAAUAUGAUAUUUGUAUAUGUAUGUAUGCUUAUUUAUAGAUAUUUUAGAUUAGUUUCUUUUUCUAUGAAUUUACAAAAUAUUAUAUAAUAUUUAAUACUAGUUUAAUACAUAUCCAAAUAGAAUCACAUUUCCUUUCAAUUUACAUAAUAAAUUAAUUUUUUAAUUCAAAAAAAAAUCCAAAAACUUAAUAACACUGUUUCAAUACUUCUAAUUUUUGACUGUUAUACCAAUUUAAAAUAUUAAAAAUUAAUUUAAAAUAUUUAAAUAAAAAAUAAAUAUCUGAUUAU